CGAACGCAAGAAUAUCACACUUUUCAAUGUUACACAAUUCAAGUUAUUUAUACAGGGUAAUAUAAGAAGGGCGAUAUCAAAGAAUUCUCUGACACUCUACAAACUGACUUACCUGAAAACAAGACCGCGGAAGUACGUGCCAGAAAUCCAGAUAGCGUCAACAUCUAGCACCUCUGGAAUGGAUGAACCUCCUCAAACUGACGAACAAACAGUUGCAAAACCUGAGCCUGUGGUCAAUUCCAAUCCCGAACCUUCUCAGACGCCCGAAAAAGGUAAAGAAGUCGUACCUCAACAGGAUUCACGCCUACAAUCAUCCCAGCCAGAGCGCAUUGCGAAGGGCGUCUCAGAAAAAGGGAAAUCGCCCUCGGUGGGGACACCGAUAGGUUCGUAACUAUCCAGGACGAAAAUAAGCGCAACACACUAGCGCGGUAGGAUGAAACCGAACCUGUGAAUGAGCGAAAAAAUUUGAAGAUGACCCCCGAGGAUAUAUGGAUAUGACUGUACGAGAAAGACUGAUCUGGAAUGGAAAAAAAGUUGGCAGCACCUUCGACCAUCAAAAAAAUGUGGAAGCGUUCAAUUGAUCGCCUCUUCACCACAUCAUACCAUUCUCCUCGAGUAUGCUAAUGAGUGCGACGAGGGUAAGCACGUCCAUUUUGCCUACCAGCCUGCAUAAAUAUUUUUCGAAUUGAAGUUUUAUCUACACACUAUAACCCUGUACUGGUAUAAUCUAGGUCACAAUUGCGGACAUGGUAUUAGGUUAUAUCGAUAGAAUUAGAUUGUUGAAGACCAUAAGCUUCAUUCGGGAAUGAGCCCUGAUGAACUUGCAUCUAAAUUACUUGAACUU